UUCUUUAUUUGUAAAAUUAUCUUAUUACAGUACUAUAAAAGGCAUGCCAGCUCCUAUUAACCAACCAUCUUCAUACAAACUCACGCUUGGCUCGUCUAUUCUAGCUUCUUGUUGUAAUCCCUCCGGCAGUUUGCUCCAGAUGGAAUCCGAUGAAAGCGCGCAACGUCGGGUUAAGGGCCGUAGCUUAGUCGCUUUCGCAAAAAUGCGCAAUAUCGAGAUAGAAAAGGACUACACAGAAAUCUCAGCCAACGAGCGUCAUUUUGUGCGUUUCUUCGAGGCCGACAACAUGAAUCGCAGCCAAUACGAUAACGUUCCACUAUAUGACAAGGAUGCUGUUCGUCUGUUGCCCAGUUCCGGUGUAAGCGAUUUUGUGCAUGCCAGUAAAGUGAUCACAUCUGGCGGAGAGGGAGGUUACUACAUCAUCGCCCAAACACCGCUGGUCAAUCCAUCAAAGCCUCGUAUCGAUACUCAAUUCAAUUGGUUGCGCAUGUUGUGGGAGUUCAAUGUGUACGUUGCUGUUUGCCUCGUCAACCUUGGUCACGAAAGCGAAUGCGACUACUACUUCAACAGGAGCAGAGGCGAGACAUAUAAAGUGAGGAUUUAA